AUGAACGACGAUCGAACAGUCAUCACGUCCCGGAAGGUCAUCCGGAGCCGACAGCCACGAUCCAGCUCCACGAAGGGAAGGCGGCGGAGGCUGAAGGCUGAGGAUGGAUCGCCGUGGAGAGAGCGCGUCUAUCGAAAGGCGACAGUAACCAGCACAAGGUCAGCUCCGUGGCGUGUCCCUCGUCGCUCGCCGCCUGUCAACCCGCCUGUAAUGAAGCUAAAUGAGGCUUGGAGAGCUCUGCACCCCUGCUCCUGGAAAUGGGUGAUCACCGGUGGUCCCUGGAAACACAGAAGACCCACAAUAACCAGGUCCAGCCGGUGA